GUUUUCCAGCCCAAAAGGGAUAACCGCAUUUGCAUGUCAGGUUGUAUUCCUCUAAUAAAAGUGGUUCGGGACAAUAAUUAUGGGGUUAGUGUCAUCAUAAUUAUAUGUGUUAGGCCGCACUGACCCCCUCUCAUACAAUAAGCGAGUGCUCAUUUAUCGGAUAGAAUGUAAAGGAAUCAAGUACUGCAAACCUUUAUCAUUUUUAAGGUAAUUUACAUGCUCGUUCCGACUGUUCCCGAUUUGGCGGAUUGCUGUGUAUCACCCAGCGAUUUCCUUUUUAGACUAACCCGGGGGAAUGGCCGUAUGGAUAUAUUUAUGUAAAACUGGUUCAACCCUCUAAACUCCCUUCCUCUCGGUUCUGCCAGAGAGGGCUUUACAUGCAAGAUCAUUACCAUUCUAAAUUAACGAAAUUUGCUGCAUAUGUUUUAAAGUGGGCUUGUGCACAUCAAUCAGCAGUAUGUUAACAGUAGCGGCGCGACAGUUGACCGUUCACCGCGCGGUGAACGACUGUACUAUGCCGAAUUAUUACACUUCUUAUUUUUUCGCGAAGCGGUCUAUCCAAACAAUAUCUCCAUGAAGUCCAAUCAAAAUCUUCUCGGUUUGGCACGAGUAAUGUGUCCAUAUUAUUUUAUCCGGAUACAGAUUCAUCAUCUUGACAUUUACGGAGAGAAAUACCGCAUUACCAGCCAAUAUUUAUCCUGCACUCCGGCGUAGGUGAGAGAGUGCGAUCGGAAGGAGAGCGAAAACGCGCUGUACAUUUUUGGGCCGCAAUUAUUCUACGUCGGCUGCGUCAACAUGAGCCAUAGAAGCUUCCGUUAAAGUUUAAACAAUAUUCGUUGGAAUUGCCUGUACCGGCAGAAGACGAUAUAUAUAGUACCAACCCCCGUGGAACACGAAAAUGACGGAAGACCCGAGUGCCACAUUAUUCAGCAAUUAUACUGAUGGUUUAGACAAUGAUCCUGUGGCGCAAACUGAAGAGAAAACCGUUAUAACGGAGUCUGAGCAGCAUCGAUGGGAGUUCGCAGCACGGCAACAACAGGCAGCACAAGAUUGCGAAGACAACAUAAUGAGCUUGCCGUAUCCUAAUGACGGACGGCUUUACUGCAAUCGGACAUUCGACAACUGGGGCUGCUGGAACGAUACUCUGGCCGGAACACGAGCAUACAUCCCGUGCCCGGCCUGGGCGCAUGAUGGCUUUGAUCCGAGAUUAACUGCCUUUAAGGACUGCAUGGAAAAUGGAUCGUGGUGGACACAUCCACUAAGCGGCAAGCCCUGGUCCAAUUACACAUCGUGUGUGGAUUACGAUGAGUUGUCAAGACAGCAAACUAUCAAUCUCAUCUACGUGAUAGGCUACUCGGUCUCCCUAGUGUUCCUCCUGGCAUCCCUCUUCAUUUUCUUCUACUUCCGCCAGCUAAGUUGCACACGCAUAACUAUUCACAAGCAUCUUUUUGUCUCCUUCAUCAUCCACAAUAUUGUCUGGAUUAUCCAUGACAAUGUUAUUCCACCAUAUCCGGACAGGCUCAAGGAAAAUGGGUGGGCUUGCCGACUGUUCCACACUUUUAUCAGAUACAUCCUGGUGUGUAAUUAUUUCUGGAUGUUUUGUGAAGGAUUUUACUUGCAUACCGUUCUGGUGGUGGCGUUCGCAAAAACGGAAAUCUUAAUGAAAGCAUUUUACGCCAUUGGAUGGGGCUUACCGGUGAUACCGGCUUUUGUGUAUGCCAUCGUGCGAGCGCUGGAUCCCCUCGAGAAUAAGAAUUGCUGGAUCUCGGCGGGAAAAUAUCUAUAUAUUUUAGCGGUUCCUGUAAUAAUAUCUCUUGUUGCUAAUCUCAUCUUUUUGUGCAAUAUUGUGAGGGUAUUGAUUACGAAAAUGCGUGCGACAAAUUCCCGUGAAGAUCAUCAUACAAGAAAAGCCGUCCGCGCUACGCUUAUCCUCGUGCCAUUGUUAGGAUUGCAGUACAUCCUAUUUCCGUUCCGACCAGACGAGAGUGCGCGACAUUUUAUCUUUGCUUACGAUAUAGCGUCGGCAAUAUGCACAUCGCUUCAGGGCCUGUUUGUGGCGCUGAUCUUUUGCUUCUUCAAUGGCGAGGUCAUGGACCUCAGUAAACGGCAGAUCCGGACUCGCAGGGAAAGUUACGUUUUAAACAGGCACCGCUCCUCUCUGGCAACCUCAUCGCUGAGAUUAAACCAUGAUCAGUCUAUGCAGAUGCGUCUGAAGAUGAAGUAUGCUAAUUCAUCCAGCUCACCAUCAACUAUUCGACGCGGCAGCCAAUUUCAAGAAUCCCUGAAAUAUCGUAAUGAUAACAGCUACAGAGAUUCUACAGCCUCGACUUUCGCCUAAGUUUUGCUCACUCUGGGAAAAGUAUUUGCACAAUAGGAAAGAGUGCCUUUGAUUUGCAUUGUUUAUGUAUCUGUGUAUAACCUUGUUUUUUUAUUCUUUUGCAUGCACAAAACUUUAUUUCUAAAAUACUAAAAACUUUAAGAUAUUCAACCACUCAUAUGAUUGUUCCUUUGGCAUAUCGAAGCCGGUCGAGAAGUGACCAGCUGCCAUGUGUAUUUUAUGUAAUUAAUGCAGUUGCAACAGAUUGAUUUUGCUUACGUAUUAAAAUAAAUGUAACAGUUUGUAAUUAGAUAUUGUUUGUAAUAAAAGCAUUGU